UAUAGAUAGUUUAGUAUGACAGCUUUUGUUAUAUAUUACAUUCACACUAGAUGCCGUACAAGUUUGUUCCAUCCACAUCAUAAUGAAAGUCCUCAAAAGGAGAUUUAUUUUUCUUUUCAUUGUUUUUUAUAUGAGUGAAACACUAGCGAUAAAUAUUCCGCAAAUAGUCGAUGUUCCACAAUGUGCAAAUGUUCCCGAGAAUGAAAGACUAGACUGUUAUCCUCAAACAAAUGCAAAUCAAGAAGAAUGUGAAGCUAGAGGUUGCUGUUGGAUAGAACCAAAUGAAUCAGUGAAAGGUCUUCCCUAUUGCUUCUACCAACCAAAAGCUGAAUCUUAUAAGUUCACGAAUGUCACAGAGAUUCCUGAUGGAAUAAAUGCAUUUUUGGAAAGAUCUUCGAAAUCUCCUUAUCCAAGUGAUGUGUCUGUCAUUCAAUUGAUUGUAACCUAUCAAAGUGACACUACCUUAAGAUUGAAGAUCAUUGAUCCAAACCGACAAAGAUUCGAGACACCAUUCCCAGAGGUUAAUUUACCAACUCCAAAAACAGAAAAUCCUCUUUACAAAUUCGUUCUUGGAGAUGAUAAACAAGGAUUCAAAAUAGUGAGAAGAUCAGACAAUACCAGCGUAUUCGAUGUAUCAGAUUUGUCGAAUUUCAUUUAUUCCAAUCAAUUUUUGCAAAUUACGACUAAACUUCCAUCAUCAAAUAUUUAUGGACUUGGAGAGCAGAGGAAACAUUUGAAACUGUCCACUGACUGGAACAGAAUCACCUUAUUCAAUCAUGACACAGCACCUCAAGAUCACGUCAAUAUCUAUGGUACUCAUCCAUUUUAUUUACUAGUGGAAGACACAUCUAAUGCGAAUGGCGUAUUUUUGAAAAACAGUAAUGGAUUAGAGUUGAUACUCCAACCUUCACCGGCACUCACCUACAGAGCAAUCGGUGGAAUUCUCGAUUUUUAUGUUUUUCUUGGACCUACACCAUCUGAUGUACUGAAACAAUAUCAAGAGGUAGUAGGUAAACCCAAGAUGCCACCUUUCUGGAGUUUAGGAUUCCAUUUGUGCAGAUGGGGUAUAAACGAUUUGGAGACAACCAAAAAAGUUCUGCAGAGAAAUUUGGACGCUGGGAUACCUGUGGAGGUUCAAUGGAAUGAUUUGGACUAUAUGGAUAAGCACAACGAUUUCACAAUCAACAAAACUGCCUUCGCUGGCCUUCCAGAAUUUGUACAAGAUCUCCAUAGGCAAGGGAGAAGAUACGUCAUUUUGAUAGAUCCUGGCGUGAGUGGAUCAGAAGAACUUGGUUCCUACCCUCCUUAUGACAGGGGAGUCGAAUUAGAUGUUUUCGUCAAGAAUACCACGGAUCAAAUUUUCAUAGGAAAGGUUUGGAAUUUGGUUUCAACGGUGUUUCCAGAUUUCACGCAUCCCAACGCUUACACUUAUUGGAAAGAAAUGCUGAAACAAUUUCAUGAUGUUGUGCCUUUCGAUGGAGCUUGGAUCGAUAUGAAUGAAGUGUCCAAUUCGGAAUUCCCUUAUGGUUGUCCAGAUAGCGAUCUAGAUCAUCCAAUGUAUCAGCUGCAUACAGAAGGAGGAACUCUUCAAGAAAAGACAUUAUGCAUGACGGCAAAACAACAUUUAGGUGUUCAUUACGACGUCCAUAAUUUAUAUGGGAUAAGUGAAGCUAAUAUAACUAGCAGAGCUCUCAGUGAAAUAUUGGGGGAGAGAUCUUUCAUCAUAUCCCGUUCAACAUUUGCUGGACAAGGAAGAUAUGGAGGACAUUGGGGUGGAGAUGUUUAUUCUACCUGGGAUGAACUACGUUACAGUAUUCCACACCUUUUGGAUUUCAGUUUAUUCGGAGUACCUCUGAUGGGCUCUGACAUUUGCGGUUUCAACGAUAACACAACAGAAGAAUUAUGCAACAGAUGGAUGCAACUCGGUGCUUUUUACCCAUUUUCCAGAAAUCAUAAUUCAGAAAAACUGAGGGAUCAAGAUCCAGUAGCUAUGGGGGAACAAGUAGUAAGAUCAUCCUUGAAGGCACUCAGAGUAAGAUACAGCUUGUUGCCAUAUUUAUACACCUUAUUCUGGUAUGCAAGUCAAGAAGGAACUACAGUUGCCCGUCCAUUAGUUGUAGAGUUCCCUAAUGAUCCAAACACUUAUGACAUAGAUACUACUUUCUUAUGGGGUUCAGCCUUACUCAUAGCUCCUGUUCUUGAAGAUAAUCCAUCAUCUAUAUCGGUUUAUCUACCUAAAGGAAGAUGGUACAAUUUUUACAAUAGAACUCUUUUAGAAAGUGUAGGAGAGUCCUUCAACAUUUCUACGGAUAGAGACACAAUCCCACUUUUCCUACGUGGUGGUUUGAUAGUUCCAAUGCAAUCUCCUGCUGCAACAACAGAAGAAGUAAGAAAAUCUGAUAUCAAAUUACUUGUAGCACUUGAUGAAAAUGGUAAAGCCAAGGGAAAUAUGUAUUGGGAUGAUGGACUGAGUUUGGAUGUUUCAUCUGAUUAUACACUCUUAGAAUUAAAUGCCCUACAGAAUACAUUGGAGUUGACUUCUUUGAACAAAGGAAGUACAGGUCUUCCAAAAAUAACCUCGGUAGAGAUCCUGGGUUCAUCAAAUGGGGUUAACAAUAAGAGCAUUCUCAUUGAUAAUUUGAGCAUAGAUAGUUAUCCAGCAAAAGUGACAUGGCCCAUGACAUAGUUUUAAAAUGAUUAUUAUUCUUAUUAUUUUAUAAAAUAAAUUAAUAAAUUUUUCAAUUGAA